UCUGUGGUGCUUUGGGGCUCCCUUGUUUUAUAGGGGCCUAAACAGGAUGCUUAAAUAGCUCCUGUGCUGUGUUCCUCACAGGCAGCACUGCCGCCAGGCAGGGGAAGGGAACCCAUCUUCACCUGGGUGGAAAAACAGGGCACUGUGGGAUGUGGGGAGGGAUGAGCCCUCCCUGGAGGAAGAGUUCUGCUCUGCCUGCACCCGCUGCAAUCCAGGCUUUGGGAAACUGCGGCUUUGCCAGUGAGGUAGAAACAACAGGAUGCUGGAGAUCAAGUUGUUGAUGGUGGUCACUCGGAACACUGAUUCGAGUUUGCAUUACGUGACCAAAUUAUGCUUUGGCAGAGAGUGGAAUGAAGGCCUCCAGCUGCUUUGGGGUGUUUGGGAAAGCACUUCCCUGAAUGAGGGGUCAGUGACUGUUGCAGCUGUUUGGAGCACUCUUCCACAAUGCCCUUUCCCUGAAAGAAAGGACCAAGUAACACUUUCUUUUUUACCUUGUCUGGAAAGAAUGGCCAGAGCAGGGUGUAGAGAACACUUCCUCCAGCUCUAUAAACCUCCAUCUUUUAUGCUUCUUUUUUAAACGCUAUUUUAGAACGCUUCCUUUAACCAAGCGGGUGACUUCGUGCCGGCAUCUCCUGCUGGUCCUGCUGAGCUCGGGGUUCGCGCUGCUGCAGGCGAGGACGCUGCAGCGGGGCCGGGGGCUGCCGGAGCCGGGGCCUCCCCGCUGACCGCCCGCUCUUUGUCCUUGGAGCCCCGCUCUCGGCUCCGGUUCGACGUUGUUCUCCCCUUGUCCGAAUCAAGCGGUUUCCCCGCCCGCCGCUGCCGCUUCUAUCGCCGCCGGUGAGUCCCGGGGUCGCGGUGUCCCCGCCGGCAGCGCCGCGGCGGCCUUAAAGGGGCGAUGAUCCGGCGCGGCGCGAUGCGCUCCCCGGGAAAGCCACGGCCCCUUUAAGCGGCGGCUUCGUGGCGCAGGGGCGGCCAUGCUGCGGAGCCGGUGGCUGCUGCCCGGGGCCGCGCUUGCGGUGGGCGCGGGGCUGGGAGCGACCCUCACCCGCCGCCGGGCCGAGGGCGAUGCGGCGGAGGGGCUGCUGGGCCGCCUGCCCGUGGUGCCCGCGGUGGCGGCGGCCGGGCCGCCCGCGCUGCCGGGCUCGGCGCCGGUCGAGCUGACCAAGUACGGGCUGCCCGGGCUGGCGCAGCUGCGGAGCCGCGAGUCCUACGUGUUGUGCUACGACCCGCGGAGCCGCAGCGCGCUCUGGGUCAUCGAGCAGCUCAACCGGGAGACCCUCAGCGGCGCCUCGGAGCGCGCCGGGUGCGAGUUCCAGGAGGACGACUCGGUGCACGAGUACCACCGCGCCACCAACGCCGACUACCGCGGCAGCGGCUUCGACCGCGGGCACCUGGCGGCCGCCGCCAACCACAAGUGGAGCCAGAAAGCGAUGCGGGACACGUUCUACCUCAGCAACAUCGCCCCGCAGGAUCCUCAUUUGAACCAGAAUGCCUGGAAUAACCUUGAGAAGUACAGCAGGAGCUUGGCGAGGAACAACAAGAACGUCUAUGUCUGCACAGGGCCCCUUUUCCUGCCCAGGAUGGAGGCUGAUGGGAAGAUGUACGUCAAGUACCAAGUGAUUGGGAAGAACAACGUGGCUGUUCCCACCCACUUCUUCAAGGUGCUCAUCUUGGAAAAGGAGAGUGGGGAGAUUGAGUUGCGCUCGUACGUGAUGCCCAACAGCCCUGUGGAUGACAAAAUCCCCCUGGAACGGUUCCUGGUCCCCAUUGAGAGCAUUGAACGAGCCUCAGGGCUCCUCUUUGUCCCAAACAUCUUGAAGAGAACAAGUAACUUGAAAGCCAUCACGGCUGGAAGCAAGCGUUGAACCCCAGCUAAGUACAUCCAGGUAUCCCUGGGGAAGGGACUGACAGCAGUCAUAUGCAGUCUUACACACACAGGAAUAAUAGUUCCUUGUGCAGUUUUAUAUGUGGGAAAUGAGAAUGAAACCAACGUUCCCUUUACCCUUUCCCUGCUUCCGUGUAACAAACGUGCACAUGCAGCUGGUCUCAAGGGCAGGUCCUGCAGCAGGGCCCUAGAUUGCCCCUGAGCUGCAGUGCAGAGGUUACUCCCGUGAUUGCUCCCUUUGUGUGUGGCACAUCAAGACACAAAGGGAAGUUACUUAAUUGCUGCUAUUUAGCAGGGAAAGACGGGAGCAAGACGGGUGCAGGGGAGGAAAGGGGAGGUUCCUGCCUUUCUGUGGCCAAAGGAUUGUAUGAUUGUUUUCAUUCAAAAGAUGUUUUUAGCAGUAAAGCUCUGAACACCCACA